GAAGCUGGGAAUGCCUAAAACAACCCAUAGGUGUCUGCGUUUCCUAGUGUGUAUGUGUAACUUUCAUCAUCACGCUCCAGAGUUUUACCCAUCAUCCCCCAGAAGAGGACGACCCUGGCACACCAUGGCUGUGAGAGAGAGAGAAGAGAGAGAUCGAGAGGAGAAGAGAGUAAAAGAGAGAGAGAGUUGGACAAUGAGUGAGCGAAACAGAGAGAGGGAGAGAAAUGCUAUGUAGCCAGAUGCCUCCCAUUCAUUCACACAUGUACUGUAUUCUAUUUCUCACCUUCUAGUCUAUGCUGGAUCUGCCAAUGACAUGUACAUCUCUAUUAUAUUGGCCCUGCUCACAGUCCUAGUCUCUCUACCUCCACACUAUUCCACUAUCACUGAACCCCUAGGAACCCCAGCAGAAACAAGACAAUGUUCACACAGCCGAUCAUCGACCAAGACGGGGACAGAGACUUUGACUGACCAACAGAAGACGUAUGGAUUAUCUGCAAGAAUAUGGAUGAAGAAGACUGGUUUGAAGUAUUGUUCUUGAAAUCACGUAUUGUGGUGAGAGAUAAAACACACACACUCAGACAAACACACACUCAGAUACACACACACUCAGACACACACACACACUCAGACACACACACACACACACACACACACACACACACACAGACAGACAGACAGACACACACACACUCAGACAGACACAGACACACUCAGUCAGACACAGACACACACACUCAGACACACACACUCAGACACACACACACAGACACACACACACUCAGACACACACACACUCAGACACACACACUCAGACACACACACACACACACACACACACUCAGACACACACACACAGACACACACACACUCAGACACACACACACUCAGACACACUCACACUCAGACAGACACAGACACACACACACUCAGACACACACACACACAGACACACACACACUCAGACACACUCACACUCAGACAGACACAGGCACACACACACUCAGUCAGACACAGACACACACACUCAGACACACACACACACACACAGACACACACACACACAGACACACACACACACACACACAGACACACACACACACACACAGACACACACACACACACAGACACACACACACUCAGACAGACACAGUCACACACACACUCAGACACUCACAGACACACACUCAGACACACACACUCAGACACACACAGACAGACACACACACACUCAGACACACACACACUCAGACACACACACACACACACACUCAGACAGACACACACACACACACACGCAGACACACACAGACACACGCAGACACACACACACACACACUCAGACACACACACACACACACACAGACACACACACAGACACAGACACACACACACACACACACACACACUAUCACACUCAUGUAGACAGUCACAUUUGAACACGUACAGUGCAUUGGAAAGUAUUCAGACCUCUUGACUUUUUCCACAUUUUGUUACGUU